CCAAAGAAACGCGUUCUUAUUCGGAUGCCCUUUCUUCUGUCCAGUAAUAUAACACCCUCUACAGGUCGGCGCAAUAAGGAAGAGUCCUUUUUUUAACGGAGGAUCUCAAUACCCGACGGAUUUUCUUUUCCCCUCCCCGAAAAGCGUAACGCUUUUAAGAUCGUAAACAGACGCUAUGGCGGAUGCAGAGCAGCAGUUUAUGGAGACGGCGGAGAACGGUUACGAAGGCGAAGAGAACGGAGCGGAGGGCUACGACGACGGCGGCGCGAGCGCAGAGCUGCAGGCCGAAGCGGGAGUCGGAGAGAACAAUGGAGCCGGAGACGGAACUCAGGACGGAGACGGCGGCCGGAUAGAAGCGAGUAAAAGUGAAGAAGAUGCCGGGAAAAUGUUUGUUGGGGGACUCAGCUGGGAUACUAGUAAAAAGGAUCUCAAAGAUUACUUCUCUAAAUAUGGUGAGGUGACAGACUGCACCAUUAAAAUGGAUCCAAACACUGGACGAUCAAGAGGAUUUGGGUUCAUUCUGUUCAAAGAAUCAGCAAGUGUAGAAAAAGUGCUAGCACAGAAGGAACACAGGCUAGACGGGCGGCAGAUCGACCCCAAGAAGGCCAUGGCCAUGAAGAAGGAACCGGUCAAGAAGAUCUUCGUCGGCGGGCUGAACCCGGAAACGACGGAAGAAAGGAUCCGCGAGUACUUUGGUGCUUUUGGAGAGAUCGAGACCAUCGAGCUUCCGAUGGAUCCGAAGACGAACAAAAGGAGAGGGUUUGUCUUCAUAACUUUUAAGGAAGAAGACUCAGUCAAGAAGAUCAUGGAGAAGAAAUUCCACAACGUCAGCGGAACCAAGGACGCGAACGGGAAAGAGAGCCUGUGCGAGAUCAAGAUCGCCCAGCCGAAGGAAGUGUAUCAGCAGCAGCAAUAUGGCGGCGGGCGCUUCGGGGGCGGGGGCAGAGGCAGGGGACGUGGCGGCCAGGGUCAAAACUGGAACCAAGGCCAGAGUAACUACUGGAAUCAGGGCUACGGGAACCAGGGCUACGGCUACGGCGGGCAGCAAGGCUACGGAGGAUAUGGAGGCUAUGGAAACUACGACUACUCGGCAGGCUACUAUGGUUAUGGCGGCGGUUACGACUACACUGACCAGGGCAGCACAAACUACGGAAAAGCUCCGAGACGCGGCGGCCACCAGAAUAACUACAAACCAUACUGAUCAUGUUGUGCAGGUGGUGCCGCAGAGGAACCUGUGACCUGAUCCCAGCCGACCCCUGGGCUUCAGUCUUUUACUUUUACUGGAUGUAGGCAGAAUCUGGACUUCUGCUCCAUUUUUGUACAGACCACAAGUGAGGAACCGGGGAAAGCAAAUGUCACUUUUCACGUUUUCAUUUUAUACCUUUUUUUUUUUCUUUUUUUUUUUUCUUCAUUUUGUUUUUUGUCCAUUUUACAUUUCCAGAGAUGGAAGUGUUAUUUUUACUGUACUUUUUGGUACCUUUUUGAAUCUAUUGUAUUGUAUGGUUGUAUUUUACGUCUCGGCUGCAUUUACCACACACCUGGAGCUCUGGGAAAAGAAAAAAAAAAUCCUUUUCAUAAUAAAUUGAUUUUUGUUUAAUUUUGUCAGUGUUCCUGUAUGUAGUUAUUAUUUUCUGUUUUCCUCGUGUGCUCUGCAAAGAUGCAUGGCUCAAAGUCUGCAGUAAUCUGAAAAGGGAUUGUAAGGGUUUUUUGUUUUGUUUUGUUUACAGCCUUUUUUUCUUUUCUUUUCUUUUUUUUUUUUUUGGAACCCAUAUUUAGUUUUUGAGAGAUCCCUUUCCGUCUUGUUGGUUCAUUUAAAAAAGAAAAGAAGAAAAAAAAGUGGCUUUAGUAGUGGUAAAAUUAUACCUCAGCACAUACACCUUUAUCUGUAAGAUUCACUGGAAACUCAUUCCUGCAGUGUCUUGGACAAUUUGGUGGAAAUAAACUUGGUUUUUAAGAUA